GUUAGUCGGGCGUUUGUAAGUCAUGAUCAAAUGAGCGAGAAUACCUGCCUGUGCGGUGUGUUUGAUGUUUACCUGUGCGUCCUCGAUCCCGAUUCUGUCGUCUGUUCCAAAUGUGCCGUUGAAAUAAGGAUUUUAAUGACAGAAAAAGAAGAGCAAUGGCGUCCUGCAAUGCGAUAGCCCAGGUAACGGAUGUACUCAUUGAUCUGAGUACUUACAACACUUCAGAGGGCACUGUCGUCUCCAUUGGGUGCAAACGUUUCGGCCACCGUGUGGUUGGUCCACAAAAUGUCACUUGUCUGAACACCAGUAACUGGAGUGAUACAACUCAACCAAAAUGUGCCUGGACAGGUGACCUAAAUACCUAUGAGAAGUUGGUUAUAGGGGUGGCUGCAUCAUGUAUUAUACUGCUACUUAUCUGUCUCGUCUUGAUUAUCUCCCUUGUAAUAUAUCGCCACAGCCGUCGACGACACAAGGAGGACUCUAAGAAACCAAUCGAAAAGGAUUCCGAUUCGGACAGCGGUCGGUUUCCGCCUUACGCAAUUAACCACCAUGUAGAGCAUGCUUAUUAUCCAGCUCCCAUGGUCCAGCGGGGCAGUGGGCCGUACAAACACCGGGUAUCACGUGACAGGGCCCCCUACAGGGCAAAUAAGUCACGUCACAGAGAUACAGAAUUGGACAACAACCAAUAUUAUUAUCAGAAUGAGAGAAAUGGUCACAUCCAAAAUGGUGCCCCGCUAUCAGAUUACGCCAGAGGCAAUUAUCACAAUCAGGCGUACGAUAAUAGGGAUCCUGAUCAUCGCUAUGUAACGGAGAUAACUACCAAUCCUUCAAAUCAGGAGGCAUACAGAUGGAAUGGCCAUAUACCACGCCCUAAGUUGGGCCCGGAGGGACGAGAGCCAUUCUAGACCAUCAGUCUGAAUUAGCAAGAGAUGUAACUGUGUCCUCCAUGAUCACGUAUUACCUGUCUACGCAAUCCUCGUCCUAACUUGACCCAGUGGACCGGUUCUUAGUGUUAAACAGUGCCAUGGAUGUCAGAAAUGUUGAGAACAGUCUGCUAGUCAAGUGCAAUGGUCGCUGUUGAAAUAUGAAUUCAGUGUAAAAGGAUGUUUUCAGUUUGGCAUGCUGCAAAUAAUAAUGACAUCUACCAUUUAUUUCACAAUCAUUAAUUUAAAAAAUUUGCUUAGAGUCAUGUAAGGAUGUUAAAUACCAUCUAGUUUUUAAGGGUAACAUUUUAUAGAAUUCCCUUUCUUGCAAUGUUUUUAAAUAUAUGUUUCGCUGCUUAAAGCAUAUUUCAUGAAAUUCUCAUUUUCAGAGGUAAGAAAUAUUUGCAGAUUAUCCUGAAAAUAGCAAAUGCAAGAAACAUGUAAAAGAAAAUGUUGAGAAAUAGCCAUUCAUUCGUACAUAUACAUGUACAAUCUGUUGUCUGCUUAAGGAUUUAGAUAUAUAUAAAAUAAAAAUCGCAGGCAAAUUCUUCUUGAAUGUUGCUAUGCAAAACAUAAUGAAUUUCAGUGUAUAAUAAUAAUAAUCAUAUCCAUUUCUCAAGGCACUUUUGUAAUCGUGCUUAAAACAACAUAUUGUGAGGACUUUAAUGAAGUGGUUGUAACAAUACCUUAUCGUACACAGUUGUAUGCUUAAAGCUACCAGCACGGUAUCAUCAUUAUCACCAUCUGCCAUCACACAAUUCUGUCUAUGUAUCCGUCUGAUUUUUUUUAAAUGUGAGAGUGAUAAAAUGAGGCAUUAUUUGAGAAAGUCUGCUGCAUAUUCAAUUAGUAAAUAUUUGUUGAAAUAUUCACUGAGUAAUUAUCAGUUAAAUAUUUGUUAAUUAUGUGUUGAAUAUUCAUCGACAAUUUUUCUGUUGAAUGUUUGUUAAUUGUCUGUUGAAUAUUCAUGAACAAUUUUUCUGUUGAGUAUAUGUUUAGUAAUUAUCUGUUGAAUAUUCGUUGAAUAAUCGGAAAAGUGAAUCCACAAUCAGGUGGAAUGGACAGUGACACACUCUCCUGUGAUCAUCACAAACAAACUGCAGAAAAUGUACAGUAUUGCCAGAAGUGAGAGAGAUGUGUACUUGCACAAGUUGUAAGGACAUUAUGGACGCUCUGUUCCUAUUUUUAUCGCAGAAAUAAAUCAAGCGUUUCAUUUAACAUAUUAGACAUAUUAUAGUAAGUUAGUCAUUCAUUGAUAUACUGAUGUUAUUAUAACUUCAUCUUUAUCAAUUAUGAACUUUUGUUGAGGUGAAUAUGUGUUCACAUGGACCUGAGGAGCCGAUAUCAAACAAGAGAAGUCAGGGUUCAUAUCACUUUUGUCAGGUCCAUAUAAACACAUAUUCAAUGAAAUAAAAUUAAUAUCUAAAUUAGACAUGAAAUUAUAAUGUUAUGUUUUUAAUAAACAAGAUGGUACUGCAAUUGUCAGAGAAGAUUGUGAUGUCGGAGGUCAUUCGUUACUUAAAGCACUUGUCAUUACCUCAUCCCAGUAUUUAUAAGCAGAAACAAUAAACUGCCUACUCUGAUUGAUAUUGUCUGAUCAUUCGAACAGAUGAUUGUUUCAAACGGAACAACUGAUUGAUAUACAGAUUGUAAUCUGUUCAAAAUAUAUCUAGACACAAAAUUUAUACUAUUGACUCAAUGGUAUUCCGUCUUUGGUAUUGCUGAGUUAUCUGCUCUUGUGAGCAGGUAUUGAUUGUUACCUCAUUAGUUUGUGUGAGAAAAUUACGUUCUUUUCUCAAAAUAUUAUGACAUUACUGUCACAAAAAGAUGACGAAACAACCAAUACCUGCUCACAAGAGCAGAUAACUCUGCAAUACGAAAAGAUGGAAUUGACUCGGUUCAAUAUGUGUAAGAUAUUCUUUGACUUGGUUAAUUUCACAUCGAACAAUGUUAAUGUACAGCUUUAUCACGCUGUUAUAUAUAUGUAGACACAACCUUACGCUACCGUGUAUGUAAAAUAUUCAUCCGUAUGAUAUUAAAACGUUUUAAACUUUG